AUGUCGACCUACAUUGAUAUCGUGUUGGGAAAUCCGCAAUAUGCGGUGUUCACUACCAUCUCACUUAUUGCCAUUCUUAUUACAAAUUAUUCUUUUUUCGCCAAGGACGACAAGUACCCGGUUUUGAAUCCAAAGAAGCCCUUCGAAUGGAGCAACACACGUGUUGUCAAACAGUUCACUGAGAAUAGCAAGAGCCUCCUCGCCCAUGCGCGGUCUGUCUAUGGAGAGAAGCCCUACAGGGUUUACACUGAUGUAGGAAAAGUCCUAGUGAUACCUCCUUCAUGGGUUCAUGCCUUGAGGGGCAAGAAGGAACUAAACUUUCGUAUUCCGGACUCUCUUAGUUUUAUUCCUGGAUUUGAUGGUUUCAGUUUCCACUCUAACAUCGGCACUGUUGUUACGAAAUAUGUUACAAAGUCUUUGUCCAAGCUGACUGGCCCUCUCUCUGAGGAAGCGUCACUAUCAAUUCGCGACAGGCUCACCGACUCAACAGAAUGGCACUCCAUCAACCCACCGAAAGAAAUCAUCCGCAUCGUGUCCCGUGUAUCCUCCCGAAUCUUCAUGGGCAAGGAACUCUGCCGUGACGAAGGGUGGACCAAAGCUUCGAGUGACUACACUAUGGUGGCCUUUGGAUCUCUCGCUCUCGUGCGAGAAUAUCCGAGGUGGCUUCGCCCUUAUAUCCACUGGUUUCUUCCUUGUUGUAAGGAAGCCCGCAGAAAGCUGAAUGAAGCUCGAGAAUGCCUCCAGCCUCACCUUGAUCGUAGAGCGGUUAUCAAACAGCAAGCUUUGGCGCAGGGACAACCUUACCCCUUUGAUGACGCAAUUGAGUGGUUCAACAAGGAGUAUGAUGCGCACGAUCCAGCUACACAGCAAAUCGCCAUAUCUAUUGUCGCCUACCACACUACGUCUGAUUUACUAUGUGAGACUCUUUUCAAUCUCUGUCGACAUCCUGAGUUUUUUAAGCCCCUCCGCGACGAGCUUGUCACGGUCCUCAGCCGAGAGGGCGGUAUGACCAAAGCAGCUCUGUAUAACUUGAAGUUGAUGGACAGUGUCAUCAAAGAGUCUCAAAGAUUACGACCAAUCCUACUGGGUGUAUUUAGAAGAGUAGCCUUGGCUAAUGUUACUCUUCCGAAUGGCGAUAUCCUUCGGAAGGGCGAUAGAGUCAUUGGAGAGACAACACAUAUGUGGGGUCCUGAAUUAUACGAUAACGCGCUUGAGUUUGACCCUUAUCGCUUCGUCCGAAUGCGCGAGUCAGGCGAGGAACACAAGGCUCACCUCGUGAGCACAAGCCCCGAUCACCUUGGAUUCGGACACGGCGUACACGCAUGCCCCGGACGCUUCUUGGCUGCCAACGAAAUUAAGAUCUUGUUAUGCCAUCUACUUCUUAAGUAUGAUUGGAAGCUUCCAGAGGGUGCAGAGCCUAAGUCAAGUUUUGUGGGCUUUAGGUUAGACGGCGAUAAGUCUACAAACCUCUUGGUUCGACGUCGCACUGAGGAACUAGAUCUUGAUUCCCUUUCAUUUUGA